CAGAUAAUAGACAUGAAAUAUUUUUGCCUUCCACCAUUGCUGAUUUACUUAAAUUGUGUUUUGUUACACCUGAGAAAAGUUUAAUUUCGGUUACCAGUUGAAGCGUAACGAUGACUAUUGCGGAAAAAUCCGUCCGGUGGAUGAUGUGAAAGUGGGAAUCCCGGUUCAUAGCGGACGGAAAAGUGGAAAUCUUCACAAUGCAGUUUGGAGAAUUUAGAUAGCGAGAGCAGCAAUAACAGUUCAUUGUGAAUUGUCAUAAAAUCAAUAAGCGUUUUUGGAGGUAGAAAAAGCGAAAAACAAUAGCCAUGCCAUGGCACAUACGGGAUGGCAAUUCCAGUGUUGGCUGAAAUCACGAUUUACCGUGAUAAAGUAAAAUUAAGCCUUUGCAUGCGGUUUGUACUACAGCCGUUACCCGCGACUGAAAUAACUUUUCGCCUUUGCUUUGGUUGCCACUUUGCCAGUGAUCACACAAUACAACUAUACAAAUACAAUCAACUGAUAUUCGAUAAUUUAAAUACAUUCAACAAUGUAUCAACAACUUUGUUAGAAAUUUCAAAAAAUAUUAGCCAAUUAUUAAGUGAUUAAUCAGUAUUAGUCAACAUUAAGAAAUGGACGAUAUAAACAUCACUGGUCUGGCUAUUGAACCAGUGGAAAAUGUCACAAGGAUUUUGACCCGUGAAGAGCAAAUGAGAGAAGAGCAUCGAAAAUUACAUGAAGCCCAUAAAGGUCACGAGUCAAUGCAUGCUGAGAUGUUAAUAAUUUUAAUGAUCACUAUGAUUGUUGCACAGAUAGUUUUAUUGGAAUGGAAAAGGAGGCAUUUUAAAUCAUUUCAAGUUGUAACAUCCUUAGCCUUAUGGAUAAUUCCAUUUAUAAUGUCAAUUCGUUUUUCAUAUUGGAGGUUUAUUGUAUUUUGGACAAUGUUUUCAUUGAUCACAGGACUUGUGGUACGAAAAGCUUUAGAAAAACCUUUACAAGGAUCAACACCUAGAUUGGUGUACAAAUGGUUCUAUUUCAACUACAAACUAACUUACGUACUUGGUAUUGUUGGAUACUUUAUCAUGAUUGCUGCAUUCUUUGGCAUCAGUGUUGUAUUCAAUGUUAACCCAGCUAUAUGGAUGGAUUAUGGAUUGAUAAUUAUGUACUAUGGGUUGUAUUUUGGUGUCUUAGGACAAGAUAUUGCUGAGAUAUGUGCAUCUAAAAUGGCUGCACACUUAGGAUAUUAUACACCUCAAGGAAUGCCAACUAGAAGCUUAGAUAAAAAUAUUUGUGCUGUUUGUGGUAACAAAUUAUUAGUGAAUGCUGGUGAAGAAGGAAUAAUUGAAUCUACUUUCCAAUUAACUUGUGAUCAUACAUUUCAUGAAUUUUGUAUUCGAGGAUGGUGUAUAGUUGGUAAAAAACAAACAUGCCCAUAUUGUAAGGAGAAAGUUGAUUUAAAAAGAAUGUUCCGUAAUCCAUGGGAAAAACCUCAUGUUUUGUAUGGUCAACUAUUGGAUUGGUUACGUUGGUUUGUAGCAUGGGGACCAAUUAUAAUGAGCAUUAUACAAUUUUUAAAUUAUAUUCUUGGAUUAAAAUAGUUUCAUUUUUUCAAUAAACAUGAAUUUAAAAUUGUUUUGAUUA